UUCGCUCCGUUCGGAUCGCGGAAAGCGAACCCACCAGCGGGGUGUUCCGUGGCUUCCCAUUUAGCCAAUCGUUCCGAUCGCAAUUAUCCCGUGCUGGUGCCGUGUCCUACGAGGGUGGCUUUUAAUUACUCCGCGUGUGCGCGCGAGCGCGCUUGAUCACACACACACUUACGUUCGCGAUCGUGCCGUGCACUUUUGUGAGUGAUUCGCGCGAAAAAAAAAACCUUGACAUUGAAGGAACGCGCGGUGCAGCUGUGCCAAGUGCAUCAGCAUCUGUCUCGACCGGAUCAUCGCCACUGGCCCAGUGCAGCGUGUGAUCGUUGUGCGUGUGUCGGUUUGGAAUUUGGAAUCGUAAUUUGCUAUGGUUGCCGCCAGUGGCCACGACGGUUCUAGAUAGAUAGAGUCCGAGUUGCGUUUUCUCGGUUGCGGUUCAGUUGCAUUCUCUCUAAAGCGUCCGGAAAAUUGUUAUUCAUCGACGCAUAGCCGAGUGGAGAGCGGAGAGGAUGCUGCAACGACAGCGAAGUAGUAGCCAACGGGACCAACAUCGUCGACAGCUGGUGACGAUGCUGAGAUCGAUACUAGUUGCGGUCAUCGUGUUGGCAUCGAUCGAGCGAACGGCUGCCAACGACGAGUUCAAUGGGAUCCGGCGUGCCAAAUGUCAGCUAAGUCGGGAUCGUACACAGAUCUUCGAAGGCAUGGACAAUGUGUUGAUGAAGCGACUGCAGGCGCUACGAACGGAGAUGCGUACUCGCACAUCGACGCAAACGGCCGAACUGGAUGCGUAUCUGGUUCCGUCUUACGAUGAACAUCAAUCGACGUACCUGAUGGAGUCGGACCAGCGGGUUCGCUUCCUGACCGGCUUUACCGGUACCGAGGGUACGGCCGUUGUGCUCCUCCGUUCGGCCGCCUUCUGGGUGAACGAGCGUGACCUGGAGCAGGCCGAUCAGGAGCUAAACUGCGCCUGGCGAUUGUUCCGGCACGGUGAGCGACCCUCAAUGGCCGAGUAUUUGAUAUCGGAACUGACUCCGGAAGCACUGGUCGGUGUCGAUCCGCAGCUCUAUCCGCACACCAUGUGGAAACACCUCGAGGCCGAUCUGAGCGCGGACUUUAUUCGGUUGGUGCGUGUCCAGCGUAAUCUGGUCGAUUUGGUGUGGGGCACGAAGCGGCCCGCCCCAAAAUCGAACGCUAUUCGGGUGCAUCCGGUGCGGUUCGCGGGGGAAAGGUGGGAUAGUAAGGUGGCUCGGUUGCGCUCGAACUUGACGGCGCUGCGCUGCGAUGGUAUGAUCGUAACGUCACUCACCGAGAUUGCGUAUCUGCUGAAUGUGCGCGGUAGCGAUAUAUCGCAUGUGCCCGUCUUUAAGGCGUACCUCCUGGUGACUCAUCGGGAACUGCUGCUAUACACCAACACGAGCCGGGAGACGCUGAAUUUGAAGAACCAUCUGAAGACGCACUCGUGCCAUAAUGAGAACUGUGUGCAGGUGCGCGAGUACGGAGAUGUGUGGAGGGAUCUGCGGACUAUGGCUCAACAUUGGCAUCGGUUGCUGGUGCCAAGUGGUAUCGUCUUUGAUACUGGCGCUUCGGAGGCGAUUUAUUCAAUUAUACCGCGCAACAUUGUCUUCGAGCGAGCGUCACCGAUCAUCUUCAUGCGGGCGCAGAAGAACGAGGGCGAGAAGCAGGGUAUGCGCCGGUCGCACAUUCGCGAUGGUGUGGCCACGUGUGAGGUGCUCAGUCGGUUGGAGGAUCGGUUCAUCGCUGGCGACCACUUAACGGAACUGUGGCUAGUCCGGGAGAUCGAUCACGCUCGGAAGAUCCAGAACAAUUCGGAAGGCAUUGCGUUUCCGACCAUCGUUGCCUUUGGGAAGCACUCAGCUCUGCCCAAUUACAUCCCGACGAACCGCACCAACAUCGAGAUCACCGAGCACGGUACAUUGCUGAUCGAUUCCGGGGGUCAGUACGAGGACGGAACGACGGAUGUUUCCCGCACGUUACACCUCGGUGAUCCAUCACCCGACCAGAUCCGAGCCUACACGAACGUACUAAGCGGUAUGAUCCGGCUGUCAAUGCAAACGUUCCCCGAGAACCUGAAACCGGCAGAUCUGGAUGCGCUGGCCCGCGGUCCAAUUUGGGGUUCGAUGUAUGACUAUCCGCACGGAACGGGACAUGGUAUCGGGUACUAUUCGGCAGUUCGUGAGUCUCCCAUUAGCAUCUCGUACACGACGAAGCAUCGGUUCACCUUCAAAGAGGGAUACUUUUUCUCAAACGAACCUGGAUACUAUAAAACGGGAGAAUUCGGAGUCCGAUUGGAGAAUGUGCUGGAGGUCAUAGAUACGGGAAAGAUUCAUCCGACCGGUCACAAGUUCCUCGCCUUCCACGACGUAACGCUGGUGCCGUUUGAACCGAAGCUCAUCGAUCGUCGAUUGCUUAGCGUGCCAGAGAAAAAGUGGCUUAAUGAGUACAACGCCCGCAUCCGGCAGCAGGUUGGCGAAGAGCUGAAGCGCAAGCACAAGAUGGAUGCCUUCUACUGGAUGAUGAACAAAACACGCUACGUACCGGAGUACAUUAGCGAAUCGGACUAUAAUGGUAGAGCCGUAAGCAUGGGCAAUCCGUGUGCCAUACUGCAACUAAUAUUACCGAUCGUGGUGCUGCUUACAAAGUACGCUAUCGCACUGUUUUAAACUCGCUUGUCGCGAUCGUCUUCGAGGGUUCCAGAAGUGCCAGAUGUCCAAUGUCGCCAACUGACAAACCAACCAACCAACCAACCUACCAACCAAACACCGGCCUGUUCCAUGUUGGAAGGGACUACACUAAGCAAAACCAUUACCAUGUUAACCACGUCCUAGGGAGGUUCCCCUGUCCUUCCCCACGUUGAUGUCUGCCACGUUGUUCGCUGUGUUAGAGCUUGAAGCUGUAAUGCACAAUGCACAUUAUACAACCACAUCUCGGUCGCCUAUCGGUAUGCUAUCGAGAAUCGAAUUACUCAUCCGCACAACGGUGAAAGAAGCGCUGUUCAGUGUUAAAAUGGCAAUAAUAAUUGUUAGAUGUAUUUGAGUGAAUGGGUGACUAGAAAUACCAAGCCGCCACUCGAAAACCAGAAAUCGAAACGAUGAACAAUAUUUACAACUCAUCCAUGUUGUGUCCACCAGCUGGACUAUGUAGGAGGUAGCAGGUGUUUCGCUUUGUGAGAAAAGCGAUUCUAACGGAAGGUCGGAAGUGAAAAGGUGAUAUUUUUUAUUUAUUCUUUGUUUCAACAAUCAGGUUCCGAUGAUGCUAUACAGUAGAGAGUAGAUUAUCGACAUAAUAAUGCAAUAAACUAGUCUACAAUACUA